CCUCCGUGAAUUACCCAGUUGUGUUAGAGAUGAAGAGAGGCUUCUCCAUCGUUACGCAGCCUCCAACUCCGCGCAGCGCACGACCGCCGGGGUCCACUCACUCACUCGCUCACUGCCGCAGCUCCCACGGGCUGCGCCGAGGAGACGCGGACCCUGCAUCCUAAAGCCAAACGUCUUAUUUAUUUAUAUAUUUAUUUAUUUAAAGUCCUUCUCUCUCUCUCGCUCGCGCGCUCUCUCUCUCUCUCCUUCGCUCGGUUUUCAUCCUCUACCUCAUUGCAGUCUUAUCACGUCCCCCCCUCCUCCUCCUCCUCUUCCACCACCACCCCCACCAUCCCCAACCUUCCCUCAUCCUCCUCAUCCGCCUCGGCCGCUACAGGAGAGGAGAGGAGAGAGGCAGAAGAGUGCGGCUGGACGUGAAAACGACAUGUCGACAGUCCCCCCGCUGAAGUGUUUCUUCUGUCGCUCCUCGUAGCUUUUGCCGGCGGACUGAUGAGAUAAAGGCCUGAUGCCGCGCCGUAGCCCCAGGCUGCUGAGCUGAAAGGGAGAAGCAGUAGGAUGCAGUGGGUCACACUGGCGGUGGCCCUGGGGUGCGUGUGCUUGUCCCAGGCAUCGCACGGCCCCACCCCUACCCCCACCUCCACUCACACCCCUCUGGUGGACAACUCCGAGGAGGAAGUGGACGAGCCGUGCUUUGAGCCGUGCACGUGCGAGGUCAAGGAGGGCGUGCUGCACGUGCACUGCGAUGGGCGGGGCUUCACCAACGCCAGCCAGGUGUCACAGUCGUGGAUCCGCCCUUUCAAACUCAACCUCCAGAGGAACUCUUUCCGACGUCUCUAUAGCAACGGGUUUCAGCACCUUGGCAACGCGGUGUCCAUGAACCUUGGCAACAAUGCGCUCCAGGAUAUCCGAGUGGGGGCCUUCAACGGGUUGGCCAAACUGAGGCGCCUGUACCUCCACGAGAACAAGCUGGAGGUCUUCAGAAACGACACGUUCGCCGGUUUGGAAGCCCUGGAAUACCUCCAGGCCGACUACAAUGUGAUCAAACGAAUCGACAGCGGCGCUCUGAGGUUUCUCUACAAGCUCCGGGUCCUCAUACUGAAUGACAAUCUGAUCCCCGUCCUGCCUGCUCAUCUGUUCAGAUCUGUGUCUCUGACUCAUUUGGACCUGCGGGGAAACCGUCUGAAAAGCCUAGCAUAUGCUGGGACCCUUGAGUACAUCGGCCGAUCCCUGAUGGAGCUACAGCUGGAGGAGAAUCCCUGGAACUGUAGCUGCGAGGCAGUGCAGCUACUGCAGUGGCUGGGUCAGAUCCCCUACACGGCCGUAGUCGGGGAUGUUACCUGCGAAUACCCAUUUCAUCUUCACGGAAAGGACCUUAGGGAAAUACCCCGCAAAGAACUGUGUGCUGAUCUGCCAGAUAAAGAGCUGCAAGGAGAGAGGGGUGCUUCAUCAGAGGGAUCCCAGCCCCAGCCUCUGCCCCCAAACUCCAAACACACAAACCCUGGGAGAGUCAGGCCGACAAAGCCGUCGUCCAUUCUGCACGGCUCCCGACAGAACACUCACACCUCCUCCACUUCAUCCUCCUCCUCUUCGUCGGAGCGUAGACAAAGGGACAGGCAACCGAGGCCGACUAAAAGACCUCGACCCUCCCGAAUGCCCCCCACCGCCCGCAGUUUGAUGCCCAACCAGAACCCCCCGGUUGCCGGCUACCAAACACGGCCCCCCAUACCCAUCAUCUGCCCCAUCCGUUGCACCUGCAACCUGCACAUUGCGGAUCUGGGCCAAACCCUCAACUGCAAAGAGAACGGCUUCCGCAACAUGUCCGAGCUCAUCCCUCGGCCGCUCAACGGCCGGAAGCUGUUCCUGGGCGGGAACCUGAUCCAAAAGCUGUAUCGCGCGGACUUCUGGAACUUCUCCAGCCUCGACCUGCUUAACUUGGGGAACAACCGCAUCAGUUACCUCCAGGAGGGGGCCUUCUCCAGCCUAACAAACCUGAGGACCCUCUUCCUGAACGGGAACAACCUGGAUAAGCUGAGCCCCCACAUGUUCCUCGGACUGCAGAGCCUAAGGUUCCUUUACUUGGAGUACAACUACAUCCGUGUGGUAGAUCCCGGGACCUUUGACACCAUGCCGUCCCUACAGUUGUUAUUUCUCAACUCCAACAUUUUGCGGAGCCUGCCUGUCGGUGUGUUCUCCGGAGUCAAUCUGUCCCGUCUCAACCUGAGGAACAACUUCUUCCAGCAUCUUCCGAUGGAGGGUGUGCUGGAACACCUCCGAGGACUGGUACAGGUGGACCUGCAACAAAACCCAUGGGAGUGCAACUGUGAAGCAGCUCCACUGAAGCGUUGGCUCGAGGGGCUCAGCACGGUGAUUUUUAUGGGAGAGGCGGUCUGUCACUCGCCCGAGAAGACCAAAGGCGUGGACCUGCGCUCCCUCUCCAUGGAGCUGCUCUGUCCUGAGCUGGAGCCCCAGGAGGACCGCGUGCAGGAAGAGCAGACGGCAAACUCCACAGAAGCAGGAGGAGGCGUGUCGGUCGGCUACCCCAGUCCUGGGCUGGGACCCCUCAGCCCUCCGUGGAUCGAUUCAAUCCCUCUGUCGGUGUUGGUGCUCAGCCUGCUGGUGCUGUUUGUCUCUGCUUUCUUUGCAGUGGCGGCACUAAUCGCCUACGCCCUGAGGAUUAGGGAAAAGCUGCCGUUUCGUCGCCAGGGAGAGGUAGACUUGGCCGGCAUCCAGAUGGAGUGCGGGAUCUUCACUGAGCAGACGCAUCACCACCACCACCUUCACCACGGCCUCCCAGAAAAGCCCCCCUUGCCGCUGCCUGAACACAACCACGUCUAUGACACCAUCCUGCCCCGAGAGGCCACCGCUAAAGGAGCCGACCCCGCUGCGGCCUCGCACAUGUGUAGCAACCCGAUGUUCAAAGACCAACAGGACGCGCAGGCGAACCAGCAACUGCAGCAGCAGCAGACGUUUGCGUCUUCGAACGAGUGCAAGGGAGGAUACUGCCCCACGCCAGAGAAGGAGAAGGAGUGGGCUCUGGAGGUGUCGUCAUCCCCCAUCAACACCAUCACAGGAGCAAUGGGAGCGCUCGCCGGCCUCCACGGAAACGGCAUCCUUUGUCCCACGGUCAUCGACAGCCAGGGCCCCACUCCUAAGGUGGAGCUCGUGGACUGCCUCUUCCGGCUCCCGACUCCCGAGUUCAGGGAUCUGCCGGACAGGUACGGGAGGCCCCCGCCCCGCUACCCCCACACCCAUGACUCAAAGCAGGAUGUGAGACCUGACCAAAUGCUCAUGGUCACCACUCCCGGCUCCUCGGCGGGAGGCGGCCACGACAGCCUGAGUGAGCAGGGAGACGGAGAGCAGAGACCCAGACUGAGGACCAAGCCAGACUACAUGGAAGUUCUGGACCGGUCUUAUCAGUUCUAACACUCCUCCUCUCUCUGAUCCCUCUCCCUCUCCUCCCUGCUAUCCCUUUUCUCUUGUCUCCCAUCAUCUCUCUCUUUGCUGAUGACUCACCCAGUAACAUUGACUCCUGUACAGAGGUAUGUUUUCAGAGGAGCCUGAGGAAGAGUGGGACUACACUACACACCACAUUUAUUCCUGGACCUGAGGUCAGUUUUUGUAUUUUCCCCCCCCCCCUCCCAACUACUGGCACAUACGUUGGUAUUUGGCAAGGAUUAGUCGAACCAGGAUCUCUGCCUGGGGGCCAAGCUUCAGCUGCAGAUACCACAGCAUUUUAUUUUUUUUCCUCCACAGUCCUACGUUAGAAAAAAAAAAAAGGCUCAGUUUUACCACCAAAAUGCCACAAUUAGCAGGAUGCAGCACGGCUGUAGGCGUUAACGUUCAUAUUAUCGCUCUCAAAGGACCUGCGUGGAGGUAAAAAAAAAAAAAA